AUGGCAUUCCCUGCUUUCCGCACUUUCAUGACCUCCCAGUCUGCCCGCAUGCUGGGCGCGACUGCUCGGAGAGCCGGACAGCAGGCUGGUCGUCGCACUUAUUCUACCGCGAAGGCUACUGAGGGCAAGGGGUCGGAUCUUCCCUGGCUCCUAACCUCCAUCGGCCUGGGCGCCCCAGCUUCGUACUGGUUGUGGCAGACCGGUCGCCCCGAGAAGCACGACGACCACGGCCACGGCAAUCACGCUGAGCACGCUGAGCCCGCGCAGGAAGAGAGCCAGGAGCAGGCGGAAGCUGCCCCCGCGGGUGAGGCUGCCCCCCAGCCCGACCCCGAGGCGGAGAAGCCGGAGCCCAAAGAAGAGACCAAGGCUGAAUCCACGGAAGAGAAGAAGCCUGAGGAGUCUCAGCCCAGGGAACAGGAUUCUGAGUCCAAGGAUGAGCAGCCCAAGGAAGAGGCUAAGAGUGACGAUGCUCAGCCGGAGGGUGAGAAGCCCAAGGAGGAGGCCCCCAAGUCGGAAGGCGAGCAGCAGCCCAAAUCCGGGAAAGAGUCUGAAAAGACCUCCGACGAAAAGCAGUAG